AUGGCUAAUGAUCCCCAAACACUUCGUGAUAAUGAAACCAACCCUGCGCUGAAACGGCGGAAGGUUUUUGGACCAGCGUUGCCAUCAUAUUGUGUUGUGGACAUCGGAAAUGAGCAGGGCGCUGAGAGUACCAGAACUGAUAGUCUCAACCACGAAGAGGAAGAUGAAGACGAAGAUGAAGAGGCUGAUGAUGAUUAUGGUCCCAGCCUUCCCCCUUUGGGUGGUGAAGUUACUGCAAAUCCCAAUGAGGUCAAGGUGGACAACGAGUCACAUAGGCAGUCAGGAAAGCCAGAUGCCGACAACAACAACUCUGAGCGUGAUGUUUGGAUGUUGCGACCUCCACGACCAUCAGAUUUGAGCUCCAGGCUUGAUCCGACUAGGUUGAAAAAUAGGAAGUUUCAAGGAGGGCAAUCGCUCAGUUAUUCAGGGGAAGAGGUGGAUAUAACUUGGACAGAAACGCCACAGCAAAAGCUGAAGCGCUUGCAAGAUGAGGCCAUGGGGGUUUCGUCCCGACCUGUGCUCAACCAUGGUAGAUCAAGCAUUUCAAUAGCGUCGAAAAGCCCACUGAGGCAGCAUGAUGCAACAAAAGCGUCUGAGAGAUCGCCACCGUCCUCCACAAAUUCAUUGAUGUCCUCUUGCAAUGAUGAUCCAAGUUGUCGUCCUUUCCGGUGGGAAACGGAUAUGGCCUCGGCGCCAAAGCUGUCUACUCUACAACAUCAGAAGCAAGUAGGUGAAGCUGUGGACUUUGCUUCAAAAUUUACCAAAGGGAAAUAUCUGUAA